GCCCUGAGGGGAACCUCCGGAGAGCGAGGCCGCCCCGGGAAUAAAAACCAGCCCCAAGCCCUCCCCACACGCCUUGGCCCACGCUGAAAUGAACAAUUCUGAAUAAGUUUUGAUCAUUUGAAGGCGCAGGGAUGAGUGAGGCUGGCGUUUCUUCCCUGAGGGGAAGAGAUUUUCCGCCAGACAGAGGGGCCCACCCAACCGGACGGACUGCACAUUCUUUACAAGGAAAGAAAUUCUGAGACUGUUUUACAGGUACCGAGACCUGGCCCCGCAGCUGGUUCCCCUCGACUACACCGAUAAACCAGCCGUGACACUUCCCUAUGAACUCAUUGGCAGCAUGCCAGAGCUGAAGGACAACCCAUUCCGGCAGCGGAUAGCGGAGGUUUUCUCAGAGGCUGGAGAUGGCAAUAUGACUUUAGAUGAUUUUUUGGACAUGUUUUCGGUGCUGAGCGAAAUGGCUCCCAGAGACCUGAAAGCUUAUUAUGCUUUUAAAAUUUAUGAUUUUAACAAUGAUGAUUACAUAUGCAAAUCAGAUCUAGAGAAAACUGUGAACAAAUUAACCCGAAAUGAACUUACCCCAGAAGAAGUUAACCUUGUGUGUGAGAAGGUGAUUUACGAAGCUGAUGUGGACAACGAUGGCAAGCUGUCUUUGGAAGACUUUCAGCACAUGAUAAUACGGGCUCCAGAUUUCCUCAGCACAUUUCACAUUCGAAUCUGAAUCUAGUGGAACGUGUAGAAGGAUGCGCUUCUUGAACCUUCAACAACUGUUACUUCAUCUGAGAUUCCUGUCCAUGAGGGAGCAAAGUGAGAAGACCAAAGAGGACAAUUUCUGAUAACUGAACCAGUCAGAGAUCUCCAUCUCUUGUUUACCCCUUGAAAAGGAAUAAUUCCUUAAGCUCUUCAUCAAGAUUUCCCUGUAAUUCAACAAAAUGCCUUUUUCCCCACAGAUAGGGCAAAUCUGACCUAGAGAGUGAGAUGGGAAAUACUGGUUUUUAAAAAGCUCAGACACCACCAGGCAGUAAAGGAACUUGAAUCAAAUUUUAACUUCUAAAAAAAUUCCUAAGAAGAUGCCUUAUUCAGUAAAAUCCCCUUGAAAAUAGUUUAUAAAAGACUAUGGUUAAUCAAAAUUGCGUAAGCAACUCUUUUGAUCAGCUUUGUCUUAACAAUUGCCCAGUGAAUCAACCUGCUGAGGGGUUCUCCUGCUGUGUCACAGAAGCCCAUUACAGGUCCUGAGAAGAACACAGAGAAGAGCUCUCCAUUUCAGAAUUUAUAAGGAAAACUCAACACACUCUAAAGGCCAAAAGAGCCUACCCCGAGUUCCUGUCCCUCUUUUCUAUUUUUAGAAUUACCCUGUUUUCCACACAAUAAUCCAUACACCCGAAUGAUGAACAAGACCGACAAACUAAGUUUGUAAAAUUCUCUUUUCAUAAGAAGUUUAUUUAUGCAGUGCUCAGGGUCCUGUACAACAGAGUAAAAACAUAGGUACUGUAAUAAACAACAGUUCUGGUUUUGAUACAAACAUGAAAAUCAAUGAGAAGUGUUUAAGAAAGCAGUUGUAACGUGGGAAGGGUGGCAGCCAAAAGUGGUCUAAAAACACAAUUUACAGUUAUUUUUUAAAAAUAUUGGGAUGCAUUAAGUUCCCCUCAAAACAAAGUCUUAAGUCCCAACUCACGCUCAACGUAGAGCACAGGGUUCCUGCAGCGAGGCCAGGGA